CAAAAAAUGUAAUUGAAAAUCAAAUCAAAUCAAUAAGGUAUUCUCAGUUGUUCCAAUAUGCUACAUGGGUAGACAAACUAUGUAUUUUCAUUGGAAUAAUAUGCUCUAUCAUCAAUGGACUAGCCUUUACAUUACUUAUGUUUGGAUUUGGCGAUUGUAUUGAUGGAAUUAUAGAAUAUGCCUCUUUUGAACAAAACUAUACUAAUCAAGAAGAAAAUGCACCCCAUUUACAUAACAUGAAUGACAAACUCUGGAUAUAUAUUUAUCAAUGUUUAUGUUCAGGCCUCACAUUGGUUUCUUCAGGGUAUUUGUCAGUUGUUUUGUUCAGUUAUAGUGCUACUCGACAGAUUUUUAAAAUAAAAGUAAAAUUUAUGGAAAAGAUUUUAUACCAAGAUGUAUCAUGGUUUGACUUAAAUCAGUGUGGUGAUAUUUCAACAACUCUAACACACAAUCUUUCUAAAAUGGAAGAUGGAAUGGGUGACUUGGUUGCCGUUUAUCUUUAUCUAUCAACUACUAUUGUAGCAGGAAUUGUACUCAGUUUAAUAAAAGGAUGGAAGUUAGCUUUAGUAGGCUCACUAUCCUUGGUACUGUUUAUAACACUAUCAUUCAUAAUUUCAUGGUUUUCCAGAAAAUUUACUGAACAAGAAAUUGAAUUAUAUGGGGCCGCAGGUGCAAUAGCUGAGGAAGUUUUAACUUCCAUAAAAACUGUAGUGGCCUUCGAAGGUCAAGAAAAAGAAAAAUUAAGAUACGAAAAACAUUUGAUUAAAGCUAAAGCCAAUAAUAUAAAAAGAGGAUUCUGGAAUGGAUUUGGAAAAGGAAUAUACUUGUUUUUGGGUUAUAGCGGCUUCGCUUUGGCUUUUUGGGUCGGCGUUAAAUUGAUUAUUGAAGAUAAAUAUUUACCGCUUGAAGAUCGAGUUUAUACCCCAUCAUCUUUAUUUACGAUAUUUUUCCUUAUACUAACAGCAUUUUGGAAUUGGGAAUUUAUGCCGCCUUUAUUUGAGAACAUCGCCGGUGCCGUGGGGGCAUCUAAAAAAGUAUUUUUUGUUUUGAACAGUACAUCCAUUUUAAAGAGAGAUGAAAAUAAUGGACAAACAUUGAAUGUACUCUCCUCGAAUAUAACGUUUGAUAACGUUUACUUCAAUUACCCAUCGAGACCGGAUGUUAAGGUUCUUCAAGGAUUUAACCUUAAGAUAAAUAAAGGGGAAACAGUUGCUUUAGUAGGAAGUUCAGGAUGUGGAAAAAGUACUUGUAUCCAGUUAAUUCAACGAUUUUAUGAUCCUAUGCAAGGAAGAAUACUUAUUGACAAUAUUGACUUAAAAGAUGUAAAUUCAAAAUCUUUAAAGAAAAUUAUUGGCGUAGUUGGUCAGGAACCCGCUUUAUUUGGCACAACAAUAUAUGAAAAUAUAAGAUAUGGAAAAUUAACCGCAACACGAGAAGAAAUAGAAGACGCUGCUCAAAAAGCCAAUGUGCAUACGUUUAUUUUAAGCUUGCCGAUGGGUUACCAAACUCUGCUUGGUGAAAGAGGAACACAAAUUUCUGGAGGACAGAAACAAAAGAUAGCGAUAGCCAGAGCGUUAGUUAAACAACCACAAAUUUUGCUAUUAGAUGAAGCAACGUCUGCUUUAGAUACAACAAGUGAAAAAGAAAUUCAAGAUUCCUUAAAUUCGGUUAGUGAUACAUGUACGACAAUAAUUGUAGCUCAUCGGUUGACAACGAUAAAACAAGCAAAUAAAAUAGUUGUUGUACAGAAAGGAAAAGUUAUAGAAGUUGGAUCUCAUAUUGAAUUAUUGGACAGAAAAGGAGCAUACUACGAUUUGGUCAAUUCUCAAAUCAAAUCUAUUGAGGAAGUUGAAGAUGAAGAAAAAAUAAUAAGCAAAAUCGGCACCAAAAAUGUAGAAUCAAUAUCAAUAGUAAAUGAUUUUGAAGAAGAGGAAGAAGUUAAAGAUGGAAUAAAUGUGGAUGAAAAAUUCAAAUCAAAAAGGGUGUUUUGGAAAAUCAUGAAAAUGAAUUCGUCUCAAUGGUAUUACGUUCUUCCAGGGUGUAUUUGUGCCGUGAUUUCUGGAACUGCUCUACCAUUUUAUGGAAUGAUUUUAGGUAUCAUCAUGCAGGUGCUUUCAAAUCAAAAUGAUGAAGAACUCAUUGCUGGUAUGAAUACUUGCUGCGUAUAUUAUUUAAUACUAGGUAUUGUCAUAGGGAUAUCUGCAUUUCUUCAGUCGUUUAGUUUGUGUCUAGCUAGUGAAAAAUUGUCUUUGAAUAUUAAAUCCCAAUCAUUUGACGCUAUGUUGAAGCAAGAAAUCGGAUGGUUCGACAGAAAAGAAAAUAGAGUUGGUGCUCUUUGUUCUCAACUAUCAGGAGAUGCAAUGCAUAUCCAAGGGGUAUCUGGUUAUCAGCUGGGAAUGAUUUGCCAAGUGUUCUCGAUACUAUUUUUCUCUAUUGCAUUUUCUUUCUAUAGCGAAUGGCGGGUAGCGUUGUUAUUAUUUAUAUUUUCAAUGCUAAUUUUUCUUGUUUCCUAUUUCCAACAAAAGAUGUUAGAAUAUGACGCUAAGAAGAACAGGAAAAUGUUGGUAGCUUCAGUUAAACUAGCUGCAGAAGCAAUAAGUAACAUAAGAACAGUAGCAUCAUUGGGAUGUGAAAAAGCUUUUCUCGAUCAAUAUGUAAAAGAAUUGCUAAAGUAUCAAAAAGUAGCAAUUAAAAAGUCGCAUAUACGAGGUAUUGUAAUUGGUUUGGUGAAUAGCUUGAUAAUUUGGCUGUACCCACUGGGAUUGUGGUAUGGUGUACAAUUAAUCAUUACUGAAAAUGUUGCUUAUGGAAAAGUGCUUACAGUAUGCGAACUUAUGCUGUUUGGUCUAUGGUGUGCCGGUAACAUGAUGGCUGCUUGUCCAAAUUUUCAAAAAGGUCUUAUAGCUGCAUCAAGAGUUAUACGCUUACUGGAACGAGUACCUGAUAUCCGGAACAGUACUAACCCUUUACAGAUCUCGUGGGAAAACGACACUAUUGACUAUUCGAAAAUAUAUUUUUCGUAUCCCACUCGGCCUUCAAAAUUAAUUCUAAAGGAGCUUUUCCUCACCGUAACAAAAGGGAAAACUAUCGCGUUAGUUGGAUCUAGUGGCUGUGGAAAAUCUACUAUUAUUCAAUUGUUACAAAGAUUCUAUGAUCCAAAUUCUGGAGAAAUUAUAAUAAGUGGUACAGAUACUAAGAAAAUUGAUUUGAAAUUACUAAGAUCUCAGUGGGGAGUAGUGUCUCAAGAACCAAACCUAUUUGAUAAAACAAUAGCUGAAAAUAUAGCAUACGGUGCUAAUUUUAAGAAUGUUGAAAUGGAUGCUAUAAUUGCAGCUGCAAAGGAUGCUAAUAUUCAUAAUUUUAUUGCUAGUCUUCCAAAGGGCUAUGAAACGAGAAUCGGGAGCAAAGGAAGCCAGCUUUCUGGGGGCCAAAAACAAAGAAUCGCAAUAGCCCGUGCUUUGGUUAGGAAUCCGAAGAUUCUGCUGUUAGAUGAAGCUACAUCCGCUUUAGAUAAUGAUAGCGAAAAGAUUGUUCAAGAAGCUUUGGAUAAGGCAAGAAAAGGACGUACUUGCAUAACAAUAGCUCAUCGUUUGACGACAAUACAAGAUGCCGAUAUUAUUUGCGUUCUAAAGGAUGGUGCUAUUGUAGAAAUGGGAACACAUGAAGAACUUUUCAAAAUAAAAGGAUUUUAUUAUAAGUUCUAUAGAUUACAGAGUGAAUCUUUAACAAGCUGAUGUAUCAACACUAAAUAUAUUUUUUUCUCCAUAUUUAAAUAUGGAAUAAACAUAUUCUCAUCAUAUUCUCCGUUGGACAAAACUUACUUAGAUAUAGUUAAGAGAGUGUAAAUAUCCAUAAUUAAAUAAGAAAAUAUUUUUUAUUUUAAUAAAUAU